AUGGUGCGGGCUCUCUUGCCAUUUGCCGUCUCGUUUCUCGCUGCGCAGCGAUGCAAUGGCCAAAAUGCCGGAUACACUCUUGGUCCACUACAACAGCUAACGCAGUUUCGUAAACAGCACCGUCGAACAAUUGACGGAAGACUGUGCGCAGCUGCUUUCGUCCAAGAUGACCAGACUUACACAGACUGCACGACUGCUAGAGCGCCAGACGGAGCAACGGGCAAGCCAGUACCGCUCGAAAGCCCAACAGAGACGCUGCCGGUUAACUCUUUCCUACCAGGAGGUGAAUGGUGCUAUGUGGAAGUCCAGCUCUUAGGCAAGGGAGGAAGAGACUGGAACUGGUGCAUUCCCCCGAUAGACUAUGGUGAGUGA